UUUUUUUUCCCGACGUUGUUGAGCUGAUUACUACCCGACCUGCUGUCUUUGCUAGACCUCUUGCACAUGUGGACGAUCGAGUUUCUGUGUUAAUGCCUUCAAGUGGAGUGAGUCAUGUGUCUUUGCUGCUGCCAAAGUUCUGAAUUGGUCAAUUCAUCCGGUGAAUCGUGGUAUCUAAUCGGGUCGUAAGCUCUGAAUUUGAAGUGGGAAAGUGAGAUGGAAUCCAGUGAGGUUUUUGUUGCUUGCAGACUUGCCUGAACCUGGCCGUCCCAAGUCCUUGCAGUAAGAAGAUUACGGACAGACACAAGUAACACCCACAUCUCAGUCCGGAUAUUCGCACAAACUAUGCACAGCAGUGAACAGAGCUCGUGUUGUCUUCUUGAGUCUGAGGACUUGAUCAUCUCAGUUUCGAAAUGUGCUCGAAUUUCUUCCAGGAACUCAGAACUCGAAACAUUCGAAAUAGAAAAGUGUUCUGCAUGCUUGGAUUGAUCUGAGUGGAGCGGGAUCUGAAUCGAUAUGGAAAGGAAGAGAAAUGGGUUAUCUUCUAAAUAUCUAUGUUGCUUGCCGUGCAAUCUACGGUCGACCAAGGUUGGAAUCAGAGAAUUUUCAGGUUUGAUCGCAAACUCCAGUCAGCUCAAACCCGCCAGAUGUUUUACGCUGAAGGAGAUUAAGCAGGCCACAAAUAACUUCAACCAGCGGACUAUUCUCGAUAGUCCGGAUAAUGCCGAAUUUACCGUAUACAAGGGGACCCUCAGUAGCGGAGAGAUUGUCAGAGUACGGAGAAGUUCCACUAUGGGGAUCAACAUGAAGAGCAAGAUGGAAAAGGAGUUGGAGCUACUGUCAUGCCUUUAUCACAGGAACGUCGUUUGCCUGGUGGGCGUCUGCUUCAGCAAGGACGACCACCUGCUCGUAUAUGAGCAUCUUCCCAACGGAACCCUAAGUGAUCACCUCCACGAUAAAACCAAACUUCCACUUCCACUGGAAGUAAGAUUGGAUAUUGCUAUAUGCAUUGCCAAAGGUCUUGCACAUCUGCAUGGGCAUAUUUCGCCACCCAUAAUCCACCGAAACGUCAAGUCAUCCAGCAUACUCCUCGGCAACAAGUUCGUGGCCAAACUGUCGGAAUUUGGUCUGUGGAAGCAAAUGGAUGAUGAAGUGCUUGAAGGUACAAGAUCGACAGAGGGUUAUAUGCCUCCCGAGUAUUAUAAGGCGAGGAAGUACACAAACUUGUCGGAUGUGUAUGGUCUUGGAGUGGUUCUGCUCGAGCUUCUCACGGGGGAGAAAGCAUGUGACCUCGAACGUCAUGCUCACAACGAGGAAGCCCUGCUCGUGCGGAGAAUAUGGUCAGCACUAAGGCGUGGUGGCUGGGAGGCACUUCAAUCAAAAUUGGAUCCGUUUAUCAGGUAUCACCCCAAACAAAACCUGAUACAAAACCUGGUCAAUACAGCACUUUACUGUACUGAGGAAUUGGAAACCGAUCGUCCAGACUCGAAAAGUCUCGUGGAAAUCCUUGAAAAUCUGCGAACGUUUUCUUAGCUCAACCCUUCAAGCCAGCGAGUUCCAGAGUCUCGCUACCACGCAUCCAGCAUAAUGGCGGCUGUCGAAAGCGGUCUUCCAUACAUGCCGAGUUGCUGAAAAAUUGCGCGAUACAUCCCCGAGGCUAAUCCCGUUAAUGAACGAGUAGACCACUUGCAAUACGGGGAUUUGGAACUCGUCCUCGUCGGACGGCAUUGAUUGCAUGAUUUCUCAUUCGUAACUAGGCUCAUCACGCAAUUUUGUACCUGGAGGAUUCGGCGUGAGAAACGCGCACCUGCUACUGUGUACUAGUUUCAUGCUUAGAGUGUCUCUUUUACCUGCCUCACAUAGCAUCAUAUAGCUGACAGAGUGUGGAAGCAUCAACAAAUCUGGAGUUUAUUUGAGAUCAUAUGCUUGUAUGAAAUUAGCUUUUCUCGACGAACAACCGACGUAAGAAUUUUUCAUACAAGAAUGGACGAAAGCACGUUGUCCGUUGUUACUUAGAAUUUUUUGUCUGUUCCAAAAAUUAGAAUGUUGCAUCCCCUGGGGAAUUCGUAGUUAAUUUUGCAGAACUAUCAGCUGGAUAUCGGCAGCGACAUAUACAAAACUAACCCAUUCUUCAUCCAGCUGAUUCACCUCUGGCCUUUAAGAGUGCUGGAUGCCGGUGUUCUGUUUCCUUCGAUAAAGUGAACGAGAACGAUGACCAGUGAUUACUGUUUGACUGCUCAAUCCAGACAGAGCUAUCGCAUCAGGAGUAACAGUUGAUGAUCGGGGUUAGAUUCAACCUCCUGGUGACCAGAUCUGUUUUAGUAAGAGGCCAGCAUACAUAGACAUAGACAUACAGCCGCCC